CACCGUUGAACGGUACAUCUUUGAACGAUCGCCGGAAAGUCUCUCGGACAAAACAUAUCUCAGGGAAAACCAGACAACUUUAUACCUAACCCAAAAAGGUUGUUAAUUGUAAUCUCGUGACGAUCAGUAUUGAAUUUCUUACAAAUGGUAACAUUGCGAAGUUGAAGGAAGUUUUUGGAGGUUACGAAAGAAGUGGAAUUAAGGGUUAAAGGUUACAUUCUUCAGUGAAAGUAAACUCCAUCAAUUUUAAGUCAGCAUUGCUGUUUGUUCGUUGACGACAGACGUUACUCAUGCGAUCAGUCUUCUUCCCAAUGUGUUCAUUGCAGCAGACAUCGAUGAAUUUCAGAUGUGCCACCCGUGACGUAGCUCGUUGAAAUCAACCAAUCAUGAAGCUUCUCUGGGUUCUUUGCUCGACGAUCCUUCUACUCAGUGCCGCAACAAAAGCACUGAACAUCAACGUGACAUUAACAGAUGGCCCAGGAUCAUAUGCUGGCCGAGUGGAGCUGAAUUUCAACGGAACCUGGGGCCCGCUUUGUGAUACUGACUUAACUAUCGAUGUGGGUCACGUGAUAUGCAGACAGCUUGGCUACCCACAGGCCGUUGCCACCCCAUGUUGUAACGCGUUUGGCGAUGGGACGAGUUCGUUCUGGCUGUAUGAUGUUAAAUGCAACGGAAGCGAAAGCAGUCUUGCUGAAUGUGAUUACAAGGCCGGGGCUCCAAAUACAUGUGAUCCACAAUAUGACUUUGCAAGCGUUGUUUGUGAAAACCCCAACAUAACAGACACUUAUCCUUUGGACGUUCGCCUAUCCUACGCACCAGUCCAUUAUGCUGGUUGCGUGGAAGUGAACUAUGCAGGGAUCUGGGGCGACGUUGGGAUGUUUCGCUGGGAUCGAGAAGAUGGCCGCGUUGUCUGUAGACAGCUUGGGUACCAGGAUGUUUUGACAGUUCUGUGGAGAUGUAAUAACUGGCUGGGAGGAAAGCCUAAUGUAGUCACGUGGAUGGACACGGUGCAGUGCACUGGAAACGAAAGUUCUUUGACAAAUUGUACUCACGAAUGGCAGACGUACAGGAGUUCGUUUCGUUUUGACGCUGGAGUGGUUUGCCAAAAUAGAAGUCAAACAGAUCUCCAAAUUCGUCUGAAGGGUGCACUGGUCCCGUAUGCUGGUCGAGUGGAAGUACUUUUGGCGGGAAAAUGGGGCGCGAUUGACAGAUUCACUUGGCAACUUACAGAUGCUCACGUGGCUUGUAAACAACUGGAUUUUUCCGGCGCCGAACUUGCCCUUCGCGGGGCGACUUUCAUUUUAAACUCCUCGUGGUCAGCACGUGCGCUGAAUUUGCAAUGGGUAGAGAAUGUGCGGUGUCUGGGAAAUGAAUCUUUGCUGAUUGAAUGUCCGCUUGACUUGGUCUUUACACCAGGACGAGCGUUUGAAGCUGGUGUAGUCUGUACGUCAGAUAAGACAGUCACGAAAAUCAGGCUCGCUGGAGGCAAUGUCAGUAAUGCUGGCCGUGUUGAAGUUAACAUCGCUGGAAUCUGGGGCACAAUCCGGAAUAGGGGCUGGGGUAUGAACGCCUCAAAUGUGGCCUGCAGGCAGCUCGGUUACCCUGGAGCCGAGGCGGCCAUAUUGUCCACCGUGGGACCCUUUGGAAAAGGGGAGGGUCCUGUUUGGAUGUCAGACCUGGAUUGCGAGGGACAUGAAGACUCGUUAUGGAAAUGCUCUUGGCCUAGGAUAGCGGGUAUCUACUGGGACCAUGAUAAUGAUGCUGGCGUGGUUUGUAAGGUUGAUCACUCAAGUAGCUCAACAAAUACACCUUCCACCGGAGAAAAAGCAAAUUCAAGGCUGAACAGGACCCUGAAAAUUGCUCUUCCUGUGGUCGGUGCGGUCAUACUUCUGCUCCUGGUGAUCGCAUUCUACUUCCGGUGUUACCGGAAAGAGAGAAGAGGAAAUGAUUCCAGAACUGAAUUCGUGAACAUGAGUGACGUCAGCCUCUCCACAGAAUCCGGGCAAACCAAUCCAGGAUUCCACAGAGCUGACUCAUCUUACCAUGUCAAAUUAGAUUCCGAGGGCAACAGUGAGAUAGACUGGUGCGAGAUUUCAAGAGAACGCAUUUCACUAGGAGAGAAGAUUGGAACCGAGACUGUCGGAGCAACUUUUCACGGGAAGCUCUGUUUGGAGAAUGGGAACAUGACAAACUGUGUCGUGAAAACAACAAAGGAGUCUUACACAGAGGAAAAUAGAUCAUUAGAUGAUGUAAACGACUUGUUAGCCGAACUUAAAAUCUUAAGCUGUCUGGGAAGUCAUCCAAACCUACUUAACCUCUAUGGAGCUUGUACUGUUAAAGGCCCCACAUACCUCAUAUUUGAAGAAGCAGAACAUGGAAAUCUAUUAGAUUAUCUACAACAACACCAGUCGAAUGACGGAAUCAACAUCACCCAAAACGUGUGCACCUUAUCAAACGUGGAAAAACUGAGGAUCGCUUUAGAUGUAUCCAAAGGAAUGAAACAUAUAGCAGAAAGGAAGUGCAUUCACAAGGACGUUGCUGCACGGAACAUACGGCUUGGUAACAAAAGUGUUGCCAAGGUUACCAACAUAGGCUGCUCGCGUGUCACUUAUGAAGAUAUCUCAGCCGGAAAGUUGCCAGUGGUAAAGUGGAUGGCUCCAGAGAGUUUAGAAUCAAUGAAUUUCUCUUCUGAGAGCGAUAUUUGGUCUUUUGGUAUUCUGCUGUGGGAGAUAGAAACUGGAGGAGAUGUUCCAUAUCCUGAGAUUCAGGCUAAAGAUCUUUUACAAAGUCUCAAGUCCGGAUACAGAAUAGAGAAACCCGUGAAGAGUUCUAGUGUCAUCUAUGAGGUAAUGACAAAGUGUUGGCAGGCCGCGCCAAAUGACAGACCCAAGUUUAGUGAACUGUGUAUGGUGCUGGAAACCAUGGUUACCAGGGAAACCUCUUGUUGAAACAGAAAAACACUUGUUCCUCAACUAGGACCAUUUAGAACAACAUUUUCUUUAUUCCUUGUUCGACUUUCUUCCUAGCCUGCAGUGCAGGCGUUAUUUUGGAUCGGAACGCUCGAUAGACCUGGUUAUCGACGCCGCCAUCCUGGCUUGUAAUUGGAUGCUUGACCGGUAGAGGGUUGGGGCAGAGUGCGAAGGGAGGGGGGGUUGGGGUUGAGGCAGUUUUUUCCACUCUUCCCCAUUCCCCGUCCCCUCGGCAAAUUUUCCCUCGCCCCAACCCUCCACAGUUACCACAUCCAAGAUGGCAGGCCAAUACGAAAAUGUUAACGCGCGAGCCCGCACUGCAGGCUACUUUCUUUCCGUGUGGUUCAACCUUGUAUUUUUUCAUGUUAGAAAUAUCCCAUUCUCCUUACAGAUUUUCUACAAUGUUUUCGAUUAUAGUUCUGAGAAUUAUGUUAUGCUCGGCUUUAGUUUAAGCCAUAUCCUUCAAAUGACCAUUUUCGUUGUUCCCCUUACCUGUCUGAUUGACAGUAUCUUGAUACCGUAUAGACAGUUCACAACCCUCGCGGUAUUUUCUCUUAUUUUUUUCUCCAGCUUCUCAGCGGUGCGGAAUCCUAAAUCCUUGAAUCUGAUUGGCUAAUCGCGCUCGCUCCAGCGGUCCGGUCAAUUGCAUCUGCACUUUGCUGUACUUAAGAAAAUUUUUGUGGAAUACACUUAACGAAUUUCUGUGGAAUACACUUAACGAAUUUUCCUCGCUUUCUGCUAUU